AUGCCGCAUCGGUCUUCUGGCGUGAACUUUAUACAUACUAGCCUUACAAACGCCCGUAAACGAGACCGCUCUGCAGAGAAGAAAACUUCAGUCUUGGCAGACUCUGAAGAUGACGAUGGGUGGGAGUUAAUAUGGGGUCCUACAGACCAGGAAUUCUAUUUCAAGAAUCAUUCCACUGGCAAGAGGCGCACAGCCAGCCCCAAAGUUGCACUUCAAGGCAGAAGGUAUUUGCCAGAGGUUGAACACCCUAGUGAGCGUCAGAAGGAUGAAGCACUCGUAGCGGCCCUGCAAGCCGGAUACAGCAAGCAAGUGGUCUCUCAAAUUCUGAGAUACAGUAUGAAUCUGAAUGUCCAGAUCCUUGAGUACGAUCAAACACCUGAUGAUAUAGAGAUUAUACCGCAUGGUCGGGACAUGGUACCCGUUACGCCACUUGAAUGGGCUAUGGAGCAUGAAAGGCUCGAUCUUGUUAAUCUCUUCCUGGAUAACGGCGCUGACGCGAACUUCACCGUCUCCUCAGCAGACGGCCCGGCGGUGUUCAAGGCAGCGAAAAGAAAGUCCCGGAAAUUAGUCGAAAUUCUCGUGCAGAAAACAAGUCGCGUCUCCUGUACCAGAGCCCUCGCUCUCGUGGUGGAGCAGCAGGACAUCACAACCACUACUAUCCUCCUUGCACACGAUAAUGUGCGCUGCGACUUUGAGGAAUCAGAUCGGCCACUGCCGCCACAUCAUUAUGAAUGGAGCUGCGGCCUCUCUGAUUCGGCGCAUAUAAAGAGUCUAGAAGCGAAGGACAUGACGCCUCCUCUCGCCCGGGCUGCUAGACUAGGCAAUGUGGCCCUGCUCAAGCUGCUCCUUGAGCACGGUGCUGACCCCUAA